AUGUGUCCAUUUAGAGACUAUAACAAAGCAGUCGAGAAUUUGAAACGUUUAGUCAUUUAUGUUGACUCUGCCCCAGAAUGUUAUGUCAUGAAAGAAUGGGAUGUUGUCUUUAACAAACCAAGAGCGACAAUAGUUUCAGAACAAGAAUGUAAACAGAAACUUAAGAAAAUAAAAGUCGUACAAGUUGGCAUGAAGAUGUUAGAUGCUUGGGAUAUCUUAUUGUCAAAGUUAGAAGAUUUUUCAGUUCGUGGUAUAAAGUUCUAUACACCUUCUCCAAACUUCUAUUCUAUCUUCACUGGAUAUAAAUAUGAACAAGUAGAAUGGAAAGAAAAUAUUAUAGAAGCUUGGUUAGACCAUGUCAAAGAAAUUAUAUGCAAUGGAAACGAAAAGGUUUAUGAGUAUAUCUUAUGUUGGUUUGCAAACAUCUUACAACAUCCAAGUGCUAAAAAUGAAACUGCUCUCAUUAUAAUUGGAAAACAAGGAACUGGUAAGAACACAUUCUUUACAGAUAUCUUAUGCAAACUGUUAGAAGGUUAUUCGAACCCUAAUAUGACAAACAUAGAAAACAUCUGCGGUAAAUUUAACUCCUCAAUAGAGAAUAUGAAACUUAUAGUUUGCAAUGAACUUCAAAGUAUAGAUACAACAAAAGUUUUGAACUCAGAUGCUUUGAAGAGUCUUAUAACAGAUAAAGUUGGAGUUGUUGAAAGAAAAUAUAAAGACCAAAGAGUUUGUGAAAAUGUUGCAAACUUCAUUAUGGUUUCAAACAAUGCUGUUCCGAUGAAGUUAGAAAGUUCUGACAGAAGAUAUGUAGUUGUCAGAACGUCAGAUUCUCAUAUGCAAGAUACAGAAUAUUUUGACGACUUAGCAGAAACUUUGACAUCUGACUUUUACAACCACUUGUUCUCAUAUUUUAUGACAUUAGAUAUUUCAAAGUUCAAUCCAAGACAAAUUCCACAUACCGA